AUGUUGAGGAUGGAAGAGCACUGUUCUUUAUUUUUGUCUUCGCUUUUCAAUUUUUUUCUGUGGGGAGGAUGGCUUCUCUGCUUUACAGAAGGAAACCAAGGUAAAGAAUUUAAUUCACUCCUCUCUUCACUUAAUGCAACUUUAAUUUAAUAUGCGACUUAUUGACUGCCUGAAAAAAGUCAAAUUAAAUUCUUAUUAAGAAAGUCUCCUUUACCUACUAAGGAUGAAAUUUUCAUUUUCCUCAUCGACUCUUCCUAUUUAACCUUAAUUUUGCUCUUGACUUCAAUUCUCAACUUGGAAAUCGAGUAAGUAUGGUAUUUUAAUUUAAUAUUCUUCUUCCUAUUUCGUAACUUUCAUUCGACAAAUUCAUGUGUUUUUUUCCGGUGUAAAUGGUUUCUUUAAUCCUCUUUUUUUCCGGUGGUGGAAUUUUUCUUUUACAUCAACUUUGCGAUAUAUUUUCCCAACUUGCGGUAAACUUUUAAGAUACGCCACACUUCUACGUCUCUUAGCUUCAUUUAGCUUUGUUUUUCCAGCUUUUUAAAUAUUUUGUCAACACGGCUCAGUUCACAUAGCUCCAAUCAAAAAGGAAGAAGAGGAAGGAGGGGAGAUUGAGGACCCUAGCGCACGCUCUUUUGGGGAAAGACGUUUAUUUGUUGUUCCUUUAACUCCCCUUUCACUUUUUUUUUCCAUCUUCUUUGUCAUACCACUGAAUAAGCUGUAUCUUAUCACAAGAAUAUGUUUGUAUUCCACAAAAUAUCUUGUUUUUGAUUAAUGAAGAAAGCAUUAAUAAGUUAUGAGAGAAAAACGAAACUUUCAUACAGCGCUGUUUAGAAUCCAACGCUCUUCCAGAACAUUUAGAAAUAAUAAAUUUCAUUCCUAAAACACUCCAAGUAAAAGUUGAUUUUUUUGUCACAAUUUUUGUAUGAUGAGAUCGAUUUCAAGGAAACGCGACGAUUUAUACAGAACUGUUUAAUUACUUCGGUAAAUACUUCGAGAAGUAAAUUCAUACCAUUUCGAAAUGACAUCUUUGUACAGACUCACCCGUACCUUUGACUCCUUCAGUCUCUUUCUCCCUCAGAUUUAUCCAGUUAAAAAAUUUAGCCGUAUGACGUAAAAUUCUAUCGUAAUUUUAUUUCAACUUUGCGAGAUAUGUAACUAUAGCUUUGCUAACGAAAUCUCGUUAGAUGAAAUGUCAGCCAAAAGCCUUGAAUACUGACUUCUUACCAACCGAGCGAGGGGGCCGAACUGGGGAAUAUUGGCCUAAUGUCACAGCGCUGGGUCUGCACAGAAACAACUGAGGGCCAAUAAUCUCCUGGACGGCUCGAGCAAGUGAUAUGUUUGAGCUGAGCAAUAUUUUAGCCGGCACCUUCUCUUUUAAGACGAUUUCUCAUUUGUGCAAAAUUAACGACUAACCUGCCAUUACACCAUUGCUGAUUAACAUGAAACAGAAAUGUUGAAGAGUUUGUUAUACUAUUUGAAGCAAAAAAAGGUCCAACAUGCUUUUCACCAUAUCUCCAACUAAUCAGUUGCAGGUAUUCACAGUCGAAGUCUCAUGUUUGAGAAGCCAAUUGAAGGAUAUGCUCUGCAACAGCACGUUUUCAAAGAAAUAUAUUUAUCCAUGGGAAUUAAGCCCUUUAGCGACUGCAAAAAUAGGUGUCUCAUGGAAAAUACCUGUGUGUCCGUCAACGUUGGCCCACCCAGCAAGAAUGGAUUCAGGGUCUGUCAACUGAGUGAUUCUGAUCACAUUCAACAUCCUGCUGACCUUAAACCCCAAGAAGGAUACCAGUAUUGGGCUUCAAAGGUAUUGAUAUUUGGAUAGAACGCAAUACGAUAGAUUCAUUUUCCAAUUUUCCUUGGUAUGGUUAUACUGAGUUUUUAUUACAAUAAAUCCUACUAAAGGUAAAUUUAUCCUUGCAGAAUCCAUGUUCAAGCAGCCCUUGUCUUCAUAAUGCGACCUGUCUAAAUGGGUUUACAAAUAAGAGAUACAUUUGCUUGUGUCAAGUUGGUUUUAAGGGAAAACAAUGUGGAAAA